GCUGCCAUUGGUCGGCGGUGACGACAAUCCUGCUCCGUGCUCCCGCCUACCGAGCGGAUCAAGUUUGAAUGAACAACAGCAGUCUAUUCUGGAGGUGGUAGUUGCAUUUGCCGUAAUUGUUAAAAGUGUGUAUCAUAUCACAGGUACGCAGAUCAAGGAUGGACAUGAAGAAAAGAAUUCAUCUAGAGUUGCGGAAUCGCACUCCGUCAGAUGUCAAAGAACUUGUGUUAGACAACUGUCGCUCAAAUGAAGGAAAGAUCGAGGGUCUAACAGACGAAUUUGAGGAGCUGGAAUUUCUAAGCACAAUCAAUGUUGGACUGACGACAGUUGCCCACUUGCCGAAGCUAAAGAAACUCAAAAAGCUUGAACUCAGUGACAACAGGAUCUCAGGAGGGUUGGAAGUUCUGGCAGAGAAGUGCCCCAGCCUCACACAUCUCAACCUCAGUGGCAACAAGAUUAAAGACCUCAGCACAAUAGAACCAUUGAAAGAAUUGGGGACUCUGAAAAGCCUAGAUCUGUUUAACUGUGAAGUGACAAACCUGAACGAAUACAGAGACAACGUAUUCAAGCUACUACCCCAGCUCACAUACCUGGAUGGGUAUGACAAAGAUGACAAAGAGGCACCAGAUUCUGACACUGAGGCUUACGCAGAGGGCUUGGAUGAUGACGAUGAAGAGGAGGACGAUGUAGAUGAGGAAGAGUAUGAUGAAGAUACAGCACCAGGAGAUGAGGAGGAGGAGGAGGGAGAAGAGGAUGAAGAAGAGAACGAAGAAGAGGAGGACGACCUUAGUGGAGAGGAAGAAGAGGAGGAGGAUGUGAAUGACAAAGAGGGUGAGGAUGAGGAGGAUGAGGAAGAAGGGCGAGGUCAGAAGAGAAAAAGGGAACUGGAUGAAGAAGGGGAGGAGGAUGAAGACGAUUGAGACCUCUCCUGAACCCAAGUUGCAAACUGUUUUAAGCUUGUAUCUCCCAGUCACUUCCCAACAACCCUGUGUAUUUUCCCCUAGUUUCAUAUUGCAGUAGGAGUGGUUUUUGUUAUUGGCCAGUCAGGUAGAUGGGGUUUUCUGGACAAACAAGUUAAAUUUAUGUAUCUUUGAUGCUCCCGUGUUCGAGUCUUUACAGUCCACUUUUAACUGCUUUGUGGACACUGAAUUUUUUUUUUUUUUUUUGUAAUAAUAAAUAA